AUGUUACUAGCCUCGUUCAUACUUUUCAUGACACCUGGUGUUCGUCCAUUUGUACAGCACUACACUUCAACCACGUGUACAACGGCACUUGCUUUGAUCGUUAGCUUCUUCUGUCUACGACACGCCGCCAACCAUGCACCUAGACUUGCUGGGCUGUCUUUCUUUUUAUUUACUCUCGUCCUGGCGCUAACUUGUGCAGUGGCGACUACUUAUUUUGGCACUGAAAUGGUCUACACUGUGUGUUCAAUGAAUGGUUUUGUAUUCCUGAUUCACACCGUUUACUGUAUCCAGACUCUGCGCUCAUUACAUUUUAUACCAUCGGCAAUUUUUACAGUUUUUCUAGUACUUACACAAGCUUGGUUUUUAGAGCUAUUUUUAAUGUUUAUUAAUUUUGACUACCUAUCUCACGUAUUAUUGUCUACCGCAACCUGUGUUUACGUGCACUGGAAUAUAGGCUAUUUCUCGCAAAUACUUACAUGUAAGGAAACCGUCCUCGCUUGUGUUAGUGUAUUUAUAUCUUUUCCAAAAUUAUAUUGA